GUCAGUGCCUCACAGUGAUUGUGCAAUUAUUAGCUCACUAAAUAUUCGUUUUAACUAAACACGUCAGAGUUUAACUGAUAGAGCUGGUUAUAAUUCUAUAUAUAAUUUAAAUGUAGGUUGUUGUGUAAUUGCUUAUUAAAACGUGAAGUACGUCGUGUAUUCUUCUCUGGCGUUUUUAUCUGGACUACAACUCCCAUGAGGUUAUGGGAACAGGAAGAGCAAAAUCUCAGAUUCCGACGUGUUCAACUAAAACAGGAGUUUGCAGAAAAGGAGAAGACUUCCUCCGAAACACGAACCGCGGCUCAUUUUCAAAAAUGCGCCGCUCGGUGGGACUCUGAGCGACGCUUUUUUGCCGAGUUUGUUGGGCUGUAAACCAUCAUGGGGACCGUGUUUGCCAUUGUGCUAGUUUUUGUCGGAUGUUGUAGCAAUGUGGUAUCCCUGGAGCUGCUUGUGAGAGACUUUCCAGGAUGCGGCAACAUAGUGACCUUUGCUCAGUUUGUGUUCAUCGCUUUAGAAGGUUUCGUCUUUGAAUCAAACUUUGGGAGGAAGAAACCAGCUAUCCCCGUCAGUAACUAUGUUAUCAUGGUGACAAUGUUCUUCACUGUGAGCGUCAUCAACAACUAUGCUCUCAACUUCAACAUCGCCAUGCCGUUACACAUGAUCUUUAGAUCAGGAUCCCUAAUCGCGAACAUGAUCCUUGGAAUAAUCAUCCUAAAGAAGAGGUAUUCAGCCAGCAAAUAUCUGUCUAUAGCUUUAGUUUCAGUAGGAAUCUUCAUCUGCACCAUCAUGUCUGCCAAACAAGUGAAUAUAUCCAACGAGGGUUCAGAAGACCAAGGCUUUUAUGCCUUUAUGCACUGGCUUAUUGGCAUUGCCAUGUUGACCUUUGCCCUGCUGAUGUCUGCGAGGAUGGGCAUUUUCCAGGAGACAUUGUAUAAGCAGUAUGGAAAACACUCCAAAGAAGCCCUGUUCUAUAAUCACUGCCUUCCUCUUCCAGGCUUCCUGCUUCUCUCCACAGACAUCUACAACCACUGCAUCUACUUCAAUCAGAGCACUCCUGUACUCCUACCGGUAGUUGGAGUGACCAUGCCAAUAAUGUGGGUCUACCUGCUGAUCAACGUUAUCACACAGUAUGUGUGCAUCCGCGGUGUGUUCAUCCUCACCACAGAGUGCGCUUCGCUGACCGUCACACUGGUCGUGACUCUCAGAAAGUUCCUCAGCCUCAUCUUCUCCAUCAUGUACUUCCAAAACCCCUUCACUACCUGGCACUGGUUGGGCACAGCCGUGGUCUUUGUGGGUACUCUGCUUUACACGGAGGUGUGGAGCAGCUUGCAGACCGCCCUGCGAGGACCCAAGGAGAAGAAGGCAGAGUGAUGAAGAGAGACUGGUUGGUGGGUCAGGAACUCUGCCAGCUUGUUGGACUUUGAGAUUGUUUUUAACUUGACUUCAGUGGUUAUAUAUGUUUAAAGCCAUUUUGUUUUAAUACUUGGUCAUGCAUCCGAAGUCAGCCCCUCACAAAUACAAACAGACGUUGGUGCUAUUUUACGUUUAUUUUUAAUUUUGUCAACAGAUCCCACAAAAAAAAGACCAAAACUAACAUGGUUCAUUGGUACAAAAUGCUCUGAUGGUAUUUCAGUCUUGUAUGUGAGCUGAAAAUGAUCUCAGGUCCUGGCCUGGUUGUCACUCAAACCGCACCAGGGGUUAAAAUUAAGUCAGCAUUUCUCAACUGUCCUCUGAUAUGUGGCUGGGCAGCUCUUUGAGUUUUAGUAGAGCUCACAUAGAAGACUGUACAACCACAUCUCACAUUCGACAAAUGUUCGACAGUGUUUUGAUCUUCUGUCAACUUUCAUCUUGAGAGUUUCAAGUCCUCUCAGUACACCCAAUCCUCAAACAGCAGACACAGGUUCACUAUGUAAUUUUAUGUAUCCAGCUUAAACUUUCAUCUGUUUUGGUUUUUAAACUAAUUUUCAGAACUACUGUCCAGUUUCCAAAGAGUUGAAAUGCUGAGUAAAUGGAAUUAUGAAUAGAUACAAGUAAAUCACUAAAAUCAUGUAUUGCUAUAGUUUUGAGAGUGACACAUUUUCUUGCUAGUUAUAGUAUUUCAGCUGUCAGAUGUUUUUUCCUGAUUGAAAACAUUACACAGCUUGUAUAUUUACCCCAUACCAACAUCUUUGGAAUAUGCAGCUGGCAUCAAAAUAGAAAAGAUUUUGUAUCAAUAUUUGGUAACUUGUGUCUCUUUCAAUUUCCUCUAGAGUUGAAAUUAUUUGUAAGUCCUUGUAUAUUGUUUUUAAUCAUGCUAUGUUUUGGUGAAGUUAUCUUUUUCACACUUUUAGCAUCGUUCAUCCACAAACAGUUCAGUUAGAUUAGCUGUAUCUCCAUGUGUUUGUGUUGUGUUCCAGCUGGCUUUAACAGACUAUACCUGUAGAUUAGAAAAAGUGGUCCAAAAAGAUUGGGGUAAAAUUUAUUUGCUUAGGGAUGAAAUUACCUGUUUAAAUUGAAAUAUGUGCAAUGAUCAUUCAUGAUGAGCUGUAGGCUGGUAUUUUGGUACCCAUCAUAUCAGAUAUUAGUACACAUUUAUUGUUGGGUUUGGUCUUUUCUGGGGAUCUGCUGAAAAAACUGAAAAAUACAAACUCACCAGCCUUACCAUUUGUUAGCUUUAAUACCUCAGUGACAUUUAAGUUCGGACACAACUUUUUUUUUUUUUUUUUUUUUUUCCUGUGAUCUUGUUUAUUUAUUUUCUCAAAGUUUUAGUUUAUUUGAUCCAUGUUGACCAGAAUUACAUUGACCCAGUAAUUUAAUGCUGUUUAAGCAGAAGACAUUCAUGAAUGAGUUGCAGCUGGAGCAAGAUAUAAAGUUUAUUUAUGCUAAUUACAUAGUGUGUCCUUAUGUUGUCUCAGGUAUGUUAGAACAGUACUUGUCAACAAUAAAUCUUUACACUCCGUGUCUACUGAAAUUAUGAAGUUUUUAAAAAUAUGUUACUGAAUUCCCAAUUGAG